AUGAAAUUUCCCUUUGUAUCCUCUCAAAACAAUCUCUCUGUUGAUAACAUCGGUGGUAAUCGCUACGAACCCAAAUCAGUUCUUGAUAUUCGCCGGAGUCCGCCAAGUCCGUUAACCGGUAAUUCUUCGGACUUCAAUUCCAUUGGUUAUUACAAUACCGUGUUGUUUUCUUCGGAGGAACAGCUGCCGGUGGACAAUUUAGAAAAUGGAAUGAUUAAUCAUCGUGAAGAAUGGGAUUCUGAUUCUCUCAUGAGAGAAUUAGGGCUUUAUGAUGAUUCCACAAAAUCCGCUUACCCUCUUGAUCUUCCCGAGCUCCCGCCUUUUUUUCAGUCGGAUUUCGAAAGCCUAAAUCCGAAUUCGAACCAGAACCCCUUUGAUUUGAUGAGCCAGCGUGAUGAUGGAAGCGAGUUCGAUUUCAGGGACGAGUUAAUCCGGCUAGCUGAUUGCUUUGAAACUCAGUCUUUCCAGUUGGCGCAAGUGAUACUGGCGCGGCUCAAUCAGCUGUUGCGUUCACCCACCGGAAAAGCGCUUCAGAGAGCUGCGUUUUACUUCAAAGAAGCGAUUCAGUGUCUACUCACCGGAUCGACUCGGAGCUUUCAGACAUGUAACUCGUAUGAAAUUGUACAAGUGAUUAAAGCGUACAAGACGUUCUCCAUCGUCUCGCCGAUUCCGAUGUUCUCCAGCUUCACCGCCAAUCAGGCGAUCCUUGAUGCAGUGGACGGUGCAAUGAUCGUCCACGUCAUCGAUUUCGACAUCGGCCUCGGCGGCCAGUGGGCAUCGUUCCUGAAAGCGAUUGCGGAGAAGGCGGAAGCUCGGAAGGUUAAUUCACCGGUGGUAAGAAUCACCGCCGUGGUUCCUGAAGAAUACGAACUGGAAUCGCGAUUGAUCAGAGAUAAUCUACACCAAUUCUCUUCCGAUCUGAAAGUAAGGUUCGAUAUCGACUUCAUUUCCAUUCGAACAUUCGAAUACUUAUCGUUUAAAGCAAUUAAGUUCGUCACUGGAGAGAAGACAGCGGUUCUUCUGUCUCCCACGAUUUUCCGACGCAUCGGCGCCGGUUUCAUCAACGAUCUCCGGCAAGUUUCGCCGCACGUAGUAGUAUAUUUGGACGGCGAAUUGAAUGGAUCCGGAGCGUCGUUCUUCCGUCAAACAGUGAUCAACGGCCUAGAAUUGUACACGACAAUUCUAGAAUCAUUGGAGGCGGCAAACGUUGGUGGUGGUGUGACAGGAGGUGACUGGAUAAGGAAUAUCGAGAUGUUCGUGUUGCUGCCAAAAAUAAUCACGACGGUGGAGGAUGCAGGACGCCAUGUGACGCCGUGGAGGGAGGCGUUUGGUAGGGCCGGGAUGAGGCCGGUGGGGCUGAGUCAGUUUGCUGACUUUCAAGCGGAGUGUUUGUUACGGAGGGUACAAAUUAGGGGGUUCCACGUGGCAAAACAGCAAGGGGAGUUGGUGCUUUGCUGGCAUGAUAGACCGCUUGUUGCCACGUCAGCAUGGACUUUUUAG